GCGGAGUGUGAUGGCGUUACAUCCUCUCCCCUUAGACGUAUGCCAAACUUCUGCGUAAUCCACACCGGACGAAUGCAGCAAAGGAAAAAAGAACUUGAUUUACCACAGAAUGUUUCAAAGCUGAGAGUAACCAAUACAACAGAAUUACUCAUUGCUCAGUCGUCAAACCGAGAUUUGUUUAAGACUGGUGUUUAUUCAGAGAAUGCGAGGUUGUAAGAGCUUGAUGGUUUGGAACUUCCUGUCGACUGUCGUUUCCCUCUCUAGCUCGGUUCCCGACUUAGUGUCUCGCUGUUCGGCUUCAUGUAGAAUACAAGCUCAAGACAAAGAGAUUAAUACGCUAGAAACAGCAGAAUUUUACUAUUGCUUUCAGAAGUGCCUAAGAGGAGUCGAUGGUAUAAGACGGAGAGAAGUGCAUCCCCUCGUACCAAUGGCAUCAUCACGGCACUGGAGAAACAGACGAUCAGCCAGUCACAACCACACGAAUCACACGCACAUGGGCUGCAAAGAUAUAUUCCUCUCAGCAUCAAAGUAUCAUAUUAUUGGUAUCCCAAAGAACAUUUGGGUUGACUUUGAGAAAACAUCAAUGAGAGUGAACGAUAGUGACGUAGACCAUUGGUCAUCGGUCAUCUCUUGGAGUGCAGUGAACAACAGCAUGGCGAACAACUGGACCCACUAUCUCGUCCUUUGGAUGCAGGAGGGGGAGAGGGGGUACUCCUGUAGAUUGGUUGCCAAGAACCAAACAUAUCUGAUUUUAAACAGCACGUCAGAGUGGAAGUAUCCCAAUAGCUUAGCUGUGAACGUUUCCACGUACCCAACGCAUUCAUCGAGUUAUCUCUUUAACUUUUAUGCUAACCCAAGGGAUCCUGUCAAGUUCGAGAUCGCAACUCUCCCACCUGACGAUCUACUUGACAAUUACUACAUGAAGAUCGGGAUCACAGAGAGACUGACAGACACAGAGAAACAGGAGAAUAGGAACUUUCUCAAGGCAGUGAUGCAGACAAAUGUCUUCAGAAAAAUGCAUGCUUUCCUCCUGGCGUCGGCGUCGAGAUUAUCAUUAACCGUACCAUCCACACAAAGUCAAUUUGAAGAUCAACUUUACAAGAUUUGGUUUUAUUUUUACAACCGCGGUGCCUAUCGAGAUUCCUCUGGGUUUGAGCACGUGUUCGUGGGUGAGAAGUAUGAUGACUCGAAAAGCGGGAAAAAAAUCGUCAAGGGCUAUCACAGCUGGCUGCAAUUCUACCUUCAGGAGAAACGAAGGGAUGCAGACUAUCACGGUUAUUACGCGCUAUCCACAAGUGAGCCGAGGGGCCUCAAGCUGAAAUUCGACGUGAACAAUUAUGAUAAAGUGGUGAGCAGCUUUUUCCUUGGUACCAGUCCCGAGUUUGAGUUCAGCCUGUACACGGCCUGUUUUUACCUGCGGCCUGGGCAAGAGUGCACGUGUCGCAUCAACUCGCAGACGAUCAAGAUCAGGACGUACACACAGGGGAGAUUUGUAGGCACAGCCUUCCCGUUAUUCGAUCUGAACCCUAGAUACAACAUGGUCCCAAAGCUAGACGAGGUUUUUGGCGCGUUUGUCCUGAUAUCCGCUUUACUGCAAAAUGCUGAAACAACAGAUACCACAUGCGGCAAAGUCAUCAACUUCAGUCUACCAAUCAGACACAAGUAUCUUUCCAACCGAGUGAUUAACACCUUUACCAAUACCAGUCCUGUUGAGUGCGAACAGUUGUGUUUCCUUGAUAACCGUUGCCUUUCAAUCAACUUCAAGCCGCAUUCCGAUCACGCAUUGGAUCAGAGUGAAGAGGCGGAAGAGAAGGGAGAGUGUGACAUCAGCUACUCAGAUCAUGUGAUUCAUCCCGCAGACAUGAAGGCGGUUGAUAAGGCCAAUGAUGUGCUGUACCAGCGAGUUGAGAACUCAUGUGGCUGCAUUUUUCCCGGUACUCGCGUGUGUCACGUGGACUUUACACGUAACACGCACAGAUGCGAGUGCACCGCCAACUACACGCUCAGCAGCUGUGAAGCAGGCCUCGCCUACUCACAACUCUUCUGCUUCGUCUCCAUGACAACCCCAGAGGCCCUUUAUGAAAAUGUUCAGCGGUACACAAUCACCGUUGACAUGCGCAGUAAAUCCUUAUAUGGAAGCUUGCGGAUGUACCCGCUGGUGACCUCCAACAUGGUCAAUAACAACAACUACGAAGUAGUCUACUUUAGACUAGAAGAUGCUAAGCGAUGCGUGCAGCCCGCAUGUGUACGACAUGGAGUGCUUACAAGAGACUCUGAGGCAGUCUGCAUCCUUGGGCCUCCACCUGUCGACGCCUGGUUCACCGUGACACUUAAAGUCACACAAUCUUCAGUCACUGUUACAGUCAAAGGCCGCUUUGCCCGGAGUUUCACUCCACGACUCCCGCUAAAGAUCAUGGGGGCCGUUGGUGCGGUAAAUGGUUUUUAUACGAUUGCAAAUUUUAGAAAAUAUAGCGUAACUGUAGUAUAGAACAUGUAGAUAAAACACCUUCAAUCAGCAAGAAAACUUUUUGGAAAAUUGAACGCCCCAAAUGCAGUUUUAGAUAGAAAUCUAAAUUACGUAGUAUAGUGACUUUAAUAUCCUCUUCUAAAUUGUAUUACUGCUUUUUAGAUGUCGUUUACAAAAGGUUUUGUCUCUAAUUGUUAAUAAACAAAGGGUUUCCAUUUGUUACGGAUUUCAUUUAAUAAUAGAAGACAAAUUCCGUGUGAAGAAACCUUGAAACAACUCUCUAAAAACAAAGUUUUGCACUUCAUUUACAUUUGUUCGCCGUAAUGGUUAAUCGGAUUGCUUUCCCAAAUCAGCCUAUGAUUGGAUGUUUCUCACACAUUGUAUAUUGCUGGAAUGACCGUCGAAUGUCGUCUGAAAGAGAAUACAUAUAUGCCACUCACUCUUUGCCACCCAUUUUUACUAUCGAUUUAUUACACUUAUGACAUUACAGAACACAUUAUGAAGAUAGCAUAACACUAAAGCACACUUACAUUACGUUACAUUCAACAUUACGUUACACGGCCCAAGGCGGCUAAUGCCCGGCAUAUAUACGUCCCUUGUCUCUAACCUCCUCCACUAAGACCAAGGCCAAUUGUUUACACUCUCUUUGGAGCCACAAAGUUGACACGUGUGCUAUUUGUGGUUAGACAGGUGGUUGGAAGCAAUCAGAACGUGCACAUGCAUUUCCAGUCAUUUGCAUCCAUGACUCAUGUAUAUCUAAUUCAUUAAAUAAAUCUUAGAUUAAUUGGGCUAUAAGAA